GAUCUGAUCGAAACCAUUUACUUCUUGUGUCAAAGAUUCAAAGGGAGGAAAGAAUCAUACAGCCCGGCCCUCUCAUAAAAAAAAAACAUCAGUUUCUUGAUUUGCAAUAACAAAAUAAAAAAUCCAAGUGUUGCUUGCAUUUGCUUGUGCCCCCAGCUACAACCGGAAAUUCCAACUCGAAGGGCCUAGUACGACUAUUGACUUUGCACAAGAUUAAAUUGACACUCAUUUUGUGAUCUCCUAGUUCCCAGUUUAUGAGCAAAUCAUCAACUUAGAUAUAUAGUGACAUGGAUGGAUACUCACCUCCAACAGUUGAACGUAACAAAAAGGGGAAGAAGCACCGUCAUGCGGUGGUACUGGAUGAUGAUCCGAUCAAGUGCAGUGGGAAGUCGUGUAGAUCAUGUAGUGGUGGUCUAAUCGCGGAUUGCGUAGCAGUUUGUUGCUGUCCAUGUGCUGUAGUAAACAUUUUAGCACUGGCAUUUCUAAAGUUUCCUUGGAUGGUGGGAAGGAAAUGCUUGCGAAUGGUGAAAAGGAAAAAGUUGGAGGAGAAUGACAAGAGUACUACUGACCGCGUGGACACUGUAGAAGAAGGAAUUGUCAUGACUUCCACUACUUUUGGGGAUGAAGAGUUAAAAGACAGUUUUUGUGCAAAAAAUGACGUAGAGCAAGUUUGGUUAGACUUGUAUCAAGUUGGUCAUAUGGGUUUUGGUAGACUUUCUUUCACAGGAACUAAUUAGGUUCAAAUAUUGAAAAUCCAAAUCUUGAAAAGUGUUCUAGAUUUGAAUACUUACUAUCAAACACAACUCCAUUGAUGCAUGGUGAAAGAACCUUUACCACUCCUUCACACUCUUCAAUGGUACUAGUACUAUAGUUUAAUAUGUUAGUUACGUUGAUAUUUAUCUCUUACAGUGCUAUUUUCAUCCAAAGCAUCACUUUAUAUUUCUUCUUUCUGAAUUGUACAGUUAAUUUUGGUGAUGUUUUCUUUGAAUAAACAUUGUGAAGAGGAAUUUUACUAGUUUAGCAUAUGUCCAGUUUUUCAUGUCAAAAACAUUUGU